GGUUACGCUUUUUUUUUCUCGGGACCGGGCUUGCCGACUCAAAAAGCGCCCGGCCAACACCAUGGGAGUUCCGGCUUUCUUUCGCUGGCUGAGCCGCAAGUACCCCUCCAUCAUCGUGAACUGUGUGGAGGAGAAGUUUGCACUGAAGGCUUUUUGUUAUGGAUAUGGGAGAUGUAGAAGAUUGGGAAAUGGAAAAUCCCUAACCCCAAGGAUCUUACAUUCUAUAAGAUGAGACACCUCCCUGUUUCCUCAGGACUACCAGUGCCACAACUAUCCUGCCUUUCCACCCUUUCAACUCCCAAAGAAUGCAAUGGCGUCAAGAUCCCAGUUGAUACCAGUAAACCUAAUCCAAAUGAAGUGGAGUUUGAUAAUCUAUAUUUGGAUAUGAAUGGAAUCAUCCAUCCUUGUACACAUCCUGAAGACAAACCAGCACCAAAAAAUGAAGAUGAAAUGAUGGUUGCAAUUUUUGAAUAUAUUGAUAGACUCUUCAAUAUAGUAAGACCAAGACGACUUCUCUACAUGGCAAUAGAUGGAGUAGCUCCACGUGCUAAAAUGAACCAGCAGCGUUCCAGGAGGUUUAGAGCAUCAAAGGAAGGAAUGGAAGCAACUAUAGAGAAGCAACGAGUCAGGGAAGAAAUACUGUCCAAAGGUGGCUUUCUUCCUCCAGAAGAGAUCAAAGAAAGAUUUGACAGCAAUUGUAUUACACCAGGAACUGAGUUCAUGGACAAUCUUGCUAAAUGCCUACGAUAUUACAUUGCUGAUCGUUUAAAUAAUGACCCUGGGUGGAAAAAUUUGACAGUUAUUUUAUCUGAUGCUAGUGCUCCUGGUGAAGGAGAACAUAAAAUCAUGGAUUAUAUUAGAAGACAAAGAGCUCAACCCAACCAUGACCCAAACACUCAUCAUUGUUUAUGUGGAGCAGAUGCUGAUCUCAUUAUGCUUGGACUUGCCACACAUGAGCCAAACUUUACAAUUAUUAGGGAAGAAUUUAAACCCAACAAACCAAAACCAUGUGGACUUUGUAAUCAGCUUGGGCAUGAGGUCAAGGACUGCCAGGGUUUGCCAAGGGAAAAACAGGGAGAGCAUGAUCAGUUUGAAGAAUGUCUUCCUGCUUCAGAAGGAGAGUUUAUCUACAUUCGGCUAAAUGUGCUUCGUGAGUAUUUAGAAAGAGAAUUAACUAUGGCCAGCCUCCCAUUUACUUUUGAUAUUGAGAGGAGCAUCGAUGACUGGGUUUUCAUGUGUUUCUUUGUGGGAAAUGACUUCCUUCCACAUUUGCCAUCUUUGGAGAUUAGGGAAGGAGCAAUUGACCGUUUAGUUAAUAUAUACAAAAAUGUGGUACAUAAAACAGGGGGUUACCUUACAGAGAGUGGUUAUGUCAAUCUACAGAGAGUACAAAUGAUCAUGUUAGCUGUUGGUGAAGUUGAGGAUAGCAUUUUUAAGAAGAGAAAGGAUGAUGAGGAAAGUUUUAAAAGAAGGCAAAAAGAAAAAAGAAAAAGAAUGAAGAGGGAUCAGCCAGCUUUUGUUCCUACUGGAAUUUUAACCCCUCAAGCCUUGGGUGCAAGAAAUUCACAUGGAUCUCAAGUAGCUAAUAAUCCAAGACAAGCAGCCUAUGAAAUGAGAAUGCAUAAUAAUUCUAGUCCUUUAACAUCUCCCAAUACUAGUUUCACUUCUGAUGGCUCCCCAUCUCCAGGAGGAGGAAUUAAGCGAAAAGCAGAAGAUAGUGACAGUGAACCUGAGCCAGAGGAUAACGUCAGGUUAUGGGAAUCUGGUUGGAAGCAACGGUAUUAUAAGAACAAAUUUGAUGUUGAUGCGGCUGAUGAGAAAUUCCGUCGUAAAGUUGUGCAGUCUUAUGUUGAAGGACUAUGUUGGGUUCUUCGAUAUUAUUACCAGGGCUGUGCUUCCUGGAAGUGGUAUUAUCCUUUCCAUUAUGCACCAUUUGCUUCAGACUUUGAAGGUAUUGCAGACCUACCCUCUGAUUUUGAAAAGGGUACAAGACCGUUUAAACCACUGGAGCAACUUAUGGGGGUAUUUCCAGCUGCAAGUGGUAACUUUCUACCUCCCUCAUGGCGGAAGCUUAUGAGUGACCCUGAAUCCAGUAUAAUUGACUUCUAUCCUGAAGAUUUUGCAAUUGAUUUGAAUGGGAAGAAAUAUGCUUGGCAAGGUGUUGCCCUAUUACCAUUUGUUGAUGAACGUCGUCUGAGAGCUGCUCUGGAAGAAGUUUAUCCUGACCUUACACCUGAUGAAACUAGAAGAAAUAGUCUUGGUGGUGAUGUAAUGUUUGUGGGGAAACACCAUCCACUUAGUGAUUUCCUUUCAGAACUGUACAAAACAGGUUCCACAGAGGCAGUAGAUUUACCACCUGAACUUUGUCAUGGGAUCCAAGGAAAACUUACUUUACAUGAAGAAGCCAUUCUUCCAGAUCAAAUAGUAUAUUCUCCUGUUCCAGUGUUGCGAGAUUUGACACAGAACACUGCAAUCAGUAUUAAUUUUAAAGAUCCACAGUUUGCCGAAGAUUAUAUUUUUAAAGCUACGGUGCUACCAGGAGCAAGAAAGCCUGCAACAGUACUCAAACCUGGUGAUUGGGAAAAAUCCAGCAAUGGUCGGCAAUGGAGACCGCAGCUUGGCUUUAAUCGAGACAGAAGGCCAGUUCACUUAGAUCAGUCAGCAUUUAGGACAUUAGGUCACGUCGUGCCAAGAGGUCCAGGAGGUGGGCCUUAUAGCAAUACUGCACCACCUGGAAAUUACCAAGGAAAUUUAUACAGGCCAAUGAUAAGAGGACAAGCACAGAUUCCAAAGCUUAUGUCAAAGAGGAUCCAGCAUAAUUCUGUGGAUUAUAAAAGCAUUGGGAUCUCUGGGUCAAAAGAUAUGAGACCACAUGAUUCCUGGAGAGGCCCCACUCCCCUUUUCCAUCAACCAAGAUUUGACAGUAGAGCUGCAGCUGAACCUCUGCUGCCUUGGAACCGUAUGCUACAAUCCCAAAAUGCAGCAUUUCAGCAAAAUCAAUAUCAACUACUAGGAGGCCCAGGCGGUUAUCCACCAAGACGUGAUGAUCGUGGAGGGAGACAGGGGUAUGGCCCUGGAAGGAAUUACCCUUUGCCACCUCCCUCAGGAAGAUACAACUGGAAUUAAGCUUUUGUAAAGCUUUCUUAAAUCCUUUCAUCAUUCUACGAUUUUAUGCUGUUUGUGGAAAGGAAGCAUCUUUAUCAAACAGUAGUUUAAGAACUACAAUACUUGAUGUAUUUGUUUUAACCGUGUAUAUUUCUUACAGAUCUGAUUUUCAGUGUUUUAUGUUGCUUUCCAAUUGUGUAAUGCAUAAUACAGUGGAUUUGAAUUUACUACUUUACUUGUGAGACAUUUGAUGAAUAGAAAAGUACUGGUUUUUUUUAAUCGUAGUUAAGAAUCAAACUGUAUUACUGUGAAUUUCAAAACAGUGUACACUAGCUCAUCCAAAAUACAUACUGAUUUUUAAUUAAUGCACAAAAAUUAGGUCUGAACACUUCAGGUAGAAUCUUCAACCAGCUAGAAAACACAUGUUUAAGACAAGCUACUGUUCAAGAUUUCCUUUGAAAACACUUCAUUAUUGUAUCUGUCUGAGAAUUUCUGGACCACUUUAGUAAAAAAAAAAAAUCAACUUUUAAAACUCUGGUCUCUUGUGUUCUUUUCUAUUUUUCUCCAGCAUUUCAACAUUUUACUUUUUAGGUGGGUAGCAAAGCCAAAGCCAAAAUGGCUUUUUUGUUUGUUUUAGGAAGCUCUUGCAGAGAUUAAUUCAGUUCUAUCAUUAGAUUAAAAAACAAAACAAAACAUUAACGUGUAGGCUAAUAUGGUUGGCAUAAAUUUUUAAAAUUUUGAAUCAGCCCCAAGAAAUGUUUUUAAAAAAAUACAUAUUCCAUAGUGUAUUAACAUGUCAACAAUAUUAGCUUUACUUGUCUAUGUUUUUGAAAUAGUGAUAAAUAACUUUUUUAUAUAUUUUUAGAAAUUCAUAUUUAUUUCUAUAAAAAUUUCUGCAUUGUCAGAAUUAUGGGGGGAAAUUCUUACCUGUUUUUAAUUUGUAAGGAUUUGUUCUAAGUCCUUAAGAAAAUACUGGGAAUUUCAAUAAAAGUUAGGUAUUAUUUGUUCUUUAAACAUAGCCACUUUUUUAUGCGUAAUCUAGAAUACAUUUUUUAGGUUGUACAUUUCAUUUUGGUCCUUUGUUAUAGAACAUUUCAUCUUUACCAUUUUAAAAAACAAAUUAAAAACAAAAUACAGCCUUUUGAAGCUUUUCCCCAUUUCUCCAACCCUUGUCUUAGAUAUCAAGAAAUAAUUUCUCCUUGACCAUCUGGUAUGGGCAUUUUUGCUUAAACCAUAGUCAAGGGCACAGAUGUUAAUCCUAGUGAAUGAGGAAAGAAAGACCACCUUAGCCUUGAGAAGAAGAAAUUUUGAAAUUAGGCUUUUUUACUUUAAAGUGAUAACUGAGCAGAACAGACUGUUUUGUGAUAAAAUCUUUCAUCUAAGUUAUUGGCAUUUUAACCAUCACAUUUUAGUGCACUAAUGAAACAUAAUAGUACAUAUUAAAGUGGAUAUGAAUUGUUCUGCCAUGGAUAAGCUGAAUAUUAAAUUUGUGUUCUUGUUUUCAUUAAAAAUCCCUUGCCAUCUAGAACUCUGUACAACCAAUAGCAUGUGUCCUGAAGGAAGCACAUAGCUCUAUCAGUGCACUUAUCUUUUUUUUGCCUAAGCUUUUUAAAAUACCUUUUUGUGUGUGUGAUUUCAUAGCAUUUUCUUUUCUCAAAAAUAGAACAAUUUUUAGGAAGUUUCAUUUCAUUUCACCCAACCAAGUAAUAUGUCUUACAUAUAAGCUGGAGCUACAUUGGAUUUUUAAAUCAGUUUUAAAUUUCUGGUGGUUAUUUUGGAGACCUUUUUCUCAAAGCAAAUGGUUUUAAGGAAGAUAUGUGGUCUUCAAAAUUCAUACUGUAAGAGUCAUAAGGAAAAUGUUUCUGUUCGAUGAGUGGUGUGGUUAAAAUCAUUUUAGUUGUGGAAUGAGAGGACCUGGGUUAAAACAUUGACUCAGCCAUUUUCCUAGAUGACUAUGGGCAAGUCAAUUUCUGUGAGCCUCAGUUACCUUACCUAUAAAAUGAGAGUGGGGGAGGGGUUGGGCUAGAUGAUAUCUAAGGUCCCUCUAGCUCUAAGUCUUGUUUCUGAGUAAUUACAAAAGUUAAAUGUUUAGCUAAACUAUUAUUGUUGCAUCAAGGAGAUGUUCCAUGUUCUUCUUUGAUGCUUUUUCUUCCCUAUUAUUUCCUUACCCUUUUAAUAUUGUCAUUCAUGUAGGUGGCAUGCAUGUCUUUUAUAAACCCUUCAGGGAAGUUGUUCCCUGCUAUUUCUAUAUAGAAAACAAAGGUUUUGUAGUUUUAAAUAUAAUGUAUAAUAAAUACUGCAA